AGGCUGGCAGCCAAGUGUUCCAGGGCAUUUACUCAGCUCUAAUCCAUUGGAAUCGUUCGAGAAUGUCGUCCUUUCGAAAUUGGCUAGACUCGCAGCACGGCUGGACCCCACUAAAUCGAAGUAUCAGGGAAUUGAAGGGCCUAAAUGGUUGCUUUUACUUCUUUGGCCUGCGAACGGGCUGCAAGCUGAUAGCCGUCUUCGAGGCUGUGGUCAGUGUGCUGCAAGUGUGCAGCUUCUUCAUGGCCGAGACGGAGGUGAGGACCACGACAACGGAGUCCCCGGAUUCGCUGAUGGUCACCAGGGAACCAGACGGGGAUAUGUUCGGAACGAACACCGUGAUGCCCAUUUUCGAGGCCAACAUCUACUUCAGCAGAGCCCUCAGCUCAGUGACUGUGUUGAGGUCUCUACUGCUCUUCAUAGGCGCCGAGUGGAGUCACACAUCCUGUCUGGUCCUGUGGCUCUGCAUUACCGUCCUCACCACUAUGGUUGGCACGUUCAUUGAUAUAAUGCAGGACUGCGGUUUAACAAUCAUGUUUUUUCGCACCUUUUCCAUUUUUCUCGAAAUCUAUUUCUGCGCAGUGGUUGCCUCUUUGGUUUUUAAGUUGCAGGAUAAGCUACGCCGUAGUGUUCAGGAAACGGAAGUGCUCUUCACACAAAGCGAGGAAGCUUAGUAAUUACAGGAUAAUUUAAUUACUUUCAGUACUGUACCAUGGUCAUACUUAUAAUAUUAUAUUUUAAAAGCAAGUACACUCAAGCAGGAA